GCAAGAUCGUGAGUCCGCCGCCGCCGACGACGUACAGGUGCUGACCGAGCCUCUCGACGACACCAACUUCCCCUGCGCCCAUCCUCCGUUCCUCUAUCGACUCUUAUCGAACCUCCGCGUCGAAUCGCGCCGAAAUCCCAUUCACAAUCGCCUUUGACCCCUCUCUGCGUCCCCAUUUCCACCUCCCUCCCACCAACUCUCAUCCCCGGAUCUGCGCGCCCCGCGAAACUCUGCGCUUCCUCGCUCCCCCGCUCGUCCCGUUCGCGUAACAGAAAAUGUCGGCCGUCCAGUGCUUCGGCAAGAAGAAGACCGCCACCGCGGUGGCGCACGUCACCCCCGGCCGCGGCCUCGUCCGCCUUAACGGCUCCCCCAUCUCGCUCGUCGAGCCUGCUCUCCUCCGCUACAAGGUCUACGAGCCCAUCCUCGUUGCCGGCUCGGACAAGUUCGCCAACAUCGACAUCCGCCUCCGCGUCAAGGGUGGUGGCCACGUCUCGCAGCUCUACGCUCUCCGCCAGGCCAUCGCCAAGGGCCUCGUCGCAUUCUACGCCAAGAACGAGGACGCCGCCUCGGCCCUUGAGCUCAAGAAGACCCUCAUCGCCUACGACCGUACCCUCCUCGUCGCCGACCCCCGCCGUUGCGAGCCCAAGAAGUUCGGCGGUCGCGGUGCCCGUGCUCGUCGCCAGAAGUCGUACCGUUAAACACCUCGGCGGAGCCGUCGCCAGCCCCGGCCGCGCUCAGAGGCCGCGCGGAGGAGCUGCGCGAUGGUGCGUGUUUGCAUUGGGGUAUGUAUAUCAUGACCUUGCGG